CAGUCCCAAGAGCUCCAUCUGGCCGGCUUCAUGAGGGGCUGGACACACCAGCCGGGACCGUGCGUCACAAUGCACCUACAACUUCUCCUCAUUAUAACUUUAUGUGUGCUUCAUUGCGAUUGUCAAGGUUCAGGUUGUGAGGUGGGGUCUUUCCGUUGUGGGACAGGCCGUUGUAUUCCAGCAAGCCAGAGGUGCGAUGGAACAACCGACUGUUCGGAUAACUCAGAUGAAUUUGGCUGCCCCGAGCCCACCUGCGAGAGCGCUCAGUUCCAGUGCUUGAGUGAUGGCGAGUGCAUUCCGCAGCACUGGGUCUGCGAUGAUGAAGAGGAUUGCGAGGAUGGCUCCGAUGAAAGGCAGCACUGCCCUGGCAGGACAUGCUCCAGUUCACAGUUCACCUGUACGAAUGGGGCCUGCAUCCCGGGAGGAUACAGGUGCGACCAUGUGCCUGACUGUCUAGACGGAGCAGAUGAGAGAAACUGCCUGUACCCAGAGUGCUCGGAGCUGAGGUGUGCUAACGGGGCGUGUUAUAACAGGAGCCAGCGCUGUGACCAGGUGCUCAACUGCCGAGACGGCUCAGACGAAGCCAAUUGCACCCAGCGGUGCAGCGGCGGUCAGUUUCAGUGCAGUAAUGGAGAAUGUGUUCCUCGCGGAUACGUCUGCGAUCAUGACGAUGAUUGUGGAGACAGAAGUGAUGAACAGAACUGCACCUACCCAACCUGCAGAGGAACGUACUUCACCUGUCCCAGCGGCCGCUGCAUUCAUCAGGUCUGGCUGUGUGAUGGAGAGGAUGACUGCGAGGACAAUGCAGAUGAGAGAGGCUGCGAUAAUGUCCAGCGUGAGUGUUAUCCCGGGGAAUGGCCGUGUCCUUCUUCUGGUGUUUGCAUCCCUCUGGACCAUCUCUGUGAUGGGACGGCACACUGUCCGGACGGAGAAGAUGAAACCAAUACCACUGCCGGACGCAACUGCAGUAUCUGGCGCUGUGCAUCUCUGAGCUGUGAGCAUCACUGUCACGCCUCUCCUGAAGGAGGAACCUGUGCCUGUCCGCCAGGAUACAUGGUCAGCAGAAACGACAGCCGCUCAUGCAUUGAUUAUGAUGACUGUAGUCUGUGGGGCAUGUGUGACCAGCUGUGUGAGGAUCGGAUCGGAAGCCAUCGCUGCAGCUGUCGGGACGGUUACCUUCUGGAGCAGCACAGAUACUGCAGAGCAAAUCCCUCAUCUGGGGUGCCUUCGCUUAUAUUCUCCAAUGGGAGAGACUUGCUGAUUGCUGAUGUCCACGGACACAGUGCUCAAACCCUGGUCGAGUCCCAGAACAGAGGAGUUGCUGUUGGUGUGGACUUUCAUUACCAGCUGCAAAGGGUCUUUUGGACCGACACAAUCCAAAAUAAGGUGUUUUCAGUGGAUAUGGACGGGUCGCGUUUGCAGGUGGUGCUGAAUGUAUCUGUGGACUAUCCUGAAAACCUGGCCGUGGACUGGGUGAAUAAUAAGCUGUACGUGGUGGAGGCCAGCGUCAACAGAAUCGACAUGGUGGACUUGGAUGGGAGCAAUCGGGUCACACUAAUCGCCGAGCACCUGGGCAACCCGAGAGGUCUUGCGCUUGACCCGACCAUGGGGUACCUUUUCUUCUCUGACUGGGAUACUUUGAAUGGAGAACCGGGUUUGGAAAGGGCCUACAUGGAUGGUACCAAUCGCUAUGGGAUCAUCAGGACCAAACUCGGCUGGCCUGCUGGGAUUACUUUGGACCUUGAGGCUAAAAGAGUAUAUUGGGUGGACAGCCGAUAUGAUUAUAUCGAAACAACGACUUAUGAUGGCUUGCACAGGAAAACUGUGGUCCAUGGUGGGUCUUUGAUUCCUCAUCCAUUUGCCAUUACUCUGUUCGAGCAUUCAGUCUACUACACUGACUGGACUAAGAUGGCAGUUAUGAAGGCUAAUAAAUACAGCGACAACAGCCCACAAGAGCUCUACAGGACCUCUCAGAGACCACAUGGCCUGACUAUGGUCCAUGCAUACAGACAGCCUUUUGUAAGUAACCCCUGUGGCGCCGAUCGAGGAGGCUGUGAACACAUCUGUGUUCUGAGUCACAGAACUGAUAACGGCGGCUUGGGAUAUCGCUGCCGCUGCCGAAUGGGCUACGAUCUACAUGCUGACGGCAAGAGAUGCCUGGCUGUGAGGCAGUUUCUGCUGUUCUCCAGUCAGCUGGCAGUCAGAGGGAUCCCCUUCAACCUGUCCACACAGGAAGACAUCAUUCUCCCCAUCACAGGAACUCCGUCUUAUUUCGUUGGAGUGGACUUCAGUGCUGCGGACAAUUCAGUUUUCUUCUCUGAUACAGUGAAGGACAUCAUCUACAAACAGAAAAUUGAUGGAACCGGCAGGGAGGUACUAGCAGCCAAUCGGGUGGAUGGUGUGGAAGAUCUCGCUUAUGAUUGGAUAUCGAAGAACCUGUACUGGACGGAUCCACGCUACAGGAGUAUAUCUGUCAUGAAGGUCGCGGAUAAGUCCAGACGAGCCAUUGUACGAAACCUCAACAACCCCAGAUCCAUAGUGGUCCACCCGGUGGCUGGUUAUAUUUUCUGGACUGACUGGUACCGUCCUGCAAAGAUUAUGCGGGCCUGGGGUGAUGGGUCACAUGCUCAGUCGAUUGUAAACACCACUCUCGGCUGGCCCAAUGGCUUGGCCAUUGACUGGAGUGCCAUGCGGCUGUAUUGGGUGGACGCCUUCUUUGAUAAGAUCGAGCACAGCAACUUUGAUGGACAAAACAGGUUGUCUUUGAAUCGCAUCACUCAGAUCUCCCAUCCGUUUGGACUUACUAUUUUUGGAGGUUAUGUGUACUUCACCGACUGGCGGCUGGGUGGAAUCGUGAGGGUCCGUAAAACAGACGGAGGGGAGAUGAUGAUCAUUCGUCGAGGGAUCAGCCACAUCAUGCAUGUCAAAUCCUUCAAUGCUGAUUCUCAGAUUGGAUCUAACUUCUGCAACAGGCAAACAAACCCAAAUGGAGACUGCAGUAAUUUCUGUUUCCCAGCGCCGUACUCCCAGCGAGUGUGUGGCUGUCCAUAUGGAAUGAAGCUGGAAGCGAAUCAGCAGACUUGUGUGGAUGAUCCGUCCAAUGAGCCACCGACCCUCCAGUGUGGCUCCAACUCCUUCUCAUGCACUAACGGGAAGUGUGUCCCCCAGAGCUACCAAUGUGACGGCGUCGAUGACUGUCAUGACAACAGCGACGAGGCCAACUGCGGCGCUAAUAAUAACACAUGCUCGCCCAUUGCCUUCACCUGUGCCAAUCAGCGCUGUGUGCCCAGAAGCUGGCACUGCGACGGACACAAUGACUGUUUUGAUGGUAGUGACGAGAGGGAGUGUCCCACCCAGACCCCCGGCACUUGCCAGGCUGACCAGUUCAGCUGCGCCAACCAUCACUGCAUCCCCCGCACAUGGCUCUGUGACACCGACAAUGACUGCGGAGACGGAUCCGAUGAGAACAACUGCGAUUCUAUUGGCACAUGCCACCCUGGUCAGUUCCAGUGUCCGGACCAUCGCUGCAUUGACCCCAAUUACGUGUGUGAUGGAGACAGAGAUUGUGCAGAUGGAGCGGAUGAACAGGGCUGUGUGUACAACUGCACAGCAUAUGAGUUUAAGUGUGCAAAUGGGCAUCAGUGUGUCAACUCCUACUACCAAUGUGACGGGGUGUUUGACUGUAACGAUCGCUCCGAUGAAUCUGGUUGUCCCACUAGGCCGCCCGGCAUGUGUCACCACGAGAGUGAGUUUCAGUGCCAGUCAGACGGCAGUUGUGUUCCUGUGAACUGGGAAUGUGACGGGCACCCAGACUGUGAAGAUGGCUCAGACGAACACCACGCGUGCCCACCGCGGACGUGCCCCACCUCGCAGUUCCGCUGUGAUAAUGGGAACUGUGUUUUCCGUGGCUGGAUUUGUGACGGUGAUAAUGACUGUCGAGAUGGCAGCGAUGAGCGAGACUGUCCCACGCCGCCAUUCCGCUGUCCCAGCUGGCAGUGGCAGUGCCCUGGACACAGUGUGUGUGUUAACCUCAGCAGGGUGUGCGACAACACGCCAGACUGUCCCAACGGCGCCGAUGAAUCCCCUCUCUGCAAUGAGCCCUUACCAGAUCAGGAGAGCUGCUCGGAUAACAAUGCGGGCUGCACUCACGGCUGCAUUCAGGGCCCGUUUGGAGCCCAGUGCACGUGUCCUAUGGGCUUCCAGCUGAGUAACGACUCAAAGACGUGCGAGGACAUCGAUGAAUGCCAUCCUCCGGGCGUCUGUAGUCAGCACUGCUUCAACGAGAGAGGCUCCUUCCGCUGCCAUUGUCAGGAUGGAUACACUCUAGAGGCAGACGGACGCACCUGCAAGGCCUCAGGAUCUCGAGAGGCCUUGCUCUUAGUGGCCAGUCGGAAUCAGAUUGUAUCAGACGACAUCCUCGCACAGCCAAACAUUAUUCAGUCUCUAGUGCGCGAUGGCCGCAACAUCGUGGCCGUAGAUUUCGACUCGGUUACGGAACGUAUUUACUGGUCUGACACCACCCAGGACAGAAUAUGGAGCGCUCACAAAAAUGGGACUGAUCGCACCGUGAUCUUUGACAGUGGAGUGACUGUCACAGAGAGCCUCGCCGUAGACUGGGUUGGCAGAAACCUAUACUGGACGGACUAUAUUUUGGAGACCAUAGAAGUGGCAAAACUGGAUGGGUCUCACAGAACGGUGCUGAUUAGUGAAAACGUGACCAAUCCAAGAGGUCUGGUAGUGGACCCUAGAAACAACACACACCUGAUGUUUUGGACGGACUGGGGCAGAAAUCCUCGUAUCGAGAGAGCCAGCAUGGAUGGGAAAUUAAGGACCACGAUCAUCAGCAACAAACUUUAUUGGCCCAAUGGCUUAACUAUUGACUACCCCAACAACCUGCUUUACUUUGCUGACGCUUACCUAGACUUUAUCGACUACUGUGAUUAUGAUGGAAAGAACCGAAAACAAGUGUUGGCCAGUGAUUUGGUACUGCAACAUCCCCACGCAAUUACCAUUUUUGAGGAUUUUGUCUAUUGGACCGACAGAUACGUCAACCGUGUGAUCCGGGCCAACAAGUGGCACGGACAGAACCAGACGGUGAUGCUGUAUAAUCUGCCCCAGCCCAUGGGUCUGGUGGCACUUCAUCCAGCCAGACAGCCUGCAGGUUAUAACCCCUGUGACCCCCGUUCGAGCCCCUGCACUCAUAUCUGCCUCCUGUCAGCGAUCGGCCCCAGGUUCUACUCCUGUGCCUGUCCGUCUGGAUGGACUCUCGCUGCUGACCAGUUCACAUGUGCUAGAGUCGAGGAUCCAUUCUUGGUGGUGGUGAGAGACAGCAUCAUUUACGGCAUCCCUCUCAACCCGAAUGACAAGAGCAAUGAUGCCAUGGUGCCGGUCGCCGGGCUGCUGAAUGGAUAUGACGUCGACUUUGAUGAUGCUGAGCAGAUGAUCUACUGGGUGGAACAUCCGGGUGAGAUUCAUCGAGUAAAGUCAGAUGGUACCAACAGAACUGAGUUUGCACCAGCGGCCAUCCUGGGUUCUCCGGUCGGACUGGCUCUGGACUGGAUGUCCCAGAACCUGUACUACUCUAACCCUGCAUCACAGUCGAUAGAGGUUCUCAGGCUAAAAGGAGAAAAUCAAUACAGAAAGACUCUCAUCACUAACAACGGCUCACCUACUGGUGCAGGAGCUCCCGUUGGCAUUGCGGUGGAUCCGGCACGUGGAAAGAUGUACUGGACAGAUCAGGGAACAGAGAGCGGGAUCCCUGCCAAGGUGGCAUCGGCAGAUAUGGACGGCUCCAACGCGGCCAUCCUCUUCACCCAUAAUCUGGAACAUGUGGAGUUCAUAACUAUAGACAUCAGAGAGAACAAGCUCUACUGGGCUGUUACAGGAACUGGCGUGAUCGAGCGCGGCGAUCCCGAUGGAUCAAACCGCAUCACUAUGGUGAAUGGACUGUCCCAUCCAUGGGGUGUGGCCGUAUACGACUCCUACCUGUACUUCACAGAUCGAGACUUUGAAGUGAUUGAACGCGUCGACAAAGCCACGGGACUCAACCGGGUUGUAAUGCGGGAUAACGUGGCCGGUCUGAGAGUACUCAAAGUACACUACAGAGACUCCUCAGCAGGAUCAUCUAACGGCUGCAGUAAUAACAUGGGGAUGUGUGAGCAGUUGUGUCUGCCUCGUCCCGGUGGCUUGUUCAGCUGCGCCUGUGCGACUGGGUUCAAACUCAGUGCUGAUAACAGAACCUGUUCUCCAUACCAAUCCUAUGUGGUGAUCUCUAUGCUCACUGCCAUCAAGGGCUUCAGUCUGGAGGGAGCGGAUCACUCGGAGUCUAUGGUGCCUGUAGCAGGCAGAGGCCGCAAUGCUCUUCAUGUAGACGUGCACAUGCCUUCCGGUUUCAUUUACUGGUGUGACUUCAGCAGCACCGUGGCGUCUCAGAACGGAAUCCGCCGGAUCAAACCGGACGGAUCUGGAUUCCGCAGCAUUGUCACCUCUGGAAUCGGACGUAAUGGCAUACGAGGCAUUGCUGUAGACUGGGCCGCAGGAAACCUCUAUUUCACCAAUGCCUUCUUGACUGAGACGUACAUUGAAGUGAUUCGACUCAAUACCACGUUCCGUCGUGUUCUUCUCAAGACCCAAGUAGACAUGCCUCGUCAUAUUGUGGUGGCUAUUUUUGAAAAUAGCAGCAGUUGUGUGGUAUCCCGGGAUGACUACCUUAUCUAUACGACCGAAAGCACUGUACGAUCUCUGCGGCUGGAUCCAGAGGAUCAUUCUCUGCCCUUUCCCGUGGUUAACGUGCCCCGGACUUCGGUAGCCCUUGAUUUCGACCGGUUGGACGGAAGGAUCUAUUUCACCCAGAGCUCGGGAGCGGGCCAGAGCAAGAUUAGCUUCAUUACUUUGGCUUCACCUACCUCUCCUGCGACAGAGGUGGCCUCAGAUCUGGGAGCUCCUGAUGGCAUCGCCUAUGACUGGAUCAAUAAGAGGAUCUAUUACAGUGACUAUAUUAACCAGAGCAUCAGCUCCAUGGCAGUGGAUGGAUCUCAGAGGACUGUUGUAGCACAGGUGCCCAGACCCAGAGCUAUCAUGCUGGAUCCCUGUAGAGGGUAUAUGUACUGGACCGACUGGGGAACCAACGCAAAGAUAGAACGUGCAACUCUGGGAGGAAACUUCAGGACAGAGAUCGUCAACACUAGCUUGGUUUGGCCAAAUGGUCUGACGCUAGACUAUGAGGAUCAAAGGCUGUACUGGGCAGAUGCCAGCUUACAGAAGAUUGAGAGAUGCUCACUCACCGGCACUAACCGUGAGGUCAUCGUAAGCACCGCCAUCUACCCGUUUGCAAUGACAGUGUACGAUCAGCAUAUCUACUGGACGGACUGGAACACACGCAGCAUCUACCGUGCAAACAAGCACGACGGCUCCGACCAGAGAGUGAUGCUACAGAACCUUCCAUCACGGCCCAUGGACAUCCACGUGCUCUCCAACAGCAAACAGCAGCAGUGCAGCAGUCCCUGCGAACAGUUCAAUGGUGGAUGCAGCCAUAUUUGCACUCCAGGUCCUCAGGGAGCAGAGUGUCAGUGUCCCUCUGAGGGCCGUUGGUAUCUGGCCGACAACAAACACUGUAUCCCUGACAAUGGCACACGCUGUCAGUCGGGCCAGUUUACUUGCAUGAAUGGCCGCUGCAUCCGCGCCCAGUGGAAAUGCGACAACGACGACGACUGUGGUGACGGCAGUGAUGAACUCGAGAGGGUCUGCGGAUCCAAGAGUCAUUUCGUUUUUGUCCCACAAGCAGCAGCAUUCAUUUCACUCUCAGCAUUUCACACCUGCGAGCCCACAGUGUUCACAUGUGGAAAUGGCCGUUGUGUGCCAUAUCACUAUCGCUGCGAUCACUAUAAUGACUGCGGGGAUAACAGCGACGAGACCGGCUGCCUGUUCCGGCCCUGUGACCCCAACACUGAGUUCACCUGCAAUAACGGUCGCUGCAUUGCACGGGAAUACGUCUGCAACGGAAUAAACAAUUGCUACGACAAUGGGACCUCGGAUGAGCAGAACUGUGCUGAGAGGACAUGUCAGCCAGAGCACACCAAAUGUCAGACCACCAACAUCUGCAUCCCACGCUCAUACCUGUGUGAUGGAGAUAAUGAUUGCGGUGACAACAGCGACGAGAGCCCAACGCAUUGUGCCACAUCUACAUGUUCCCAGAAUGAGUUUCGCUGUUCGAGUGGACGCUGUAUUCCUGGACACUGGUACUGUGAUGGUGGUACAGACUGUAAUGAUGGUUCUGAUGAGCCCAUUACCUGUACCACCACGGUGAGGACUUGCAACUCCGACCAGUUCCGCUGCGAUGACGGAAGGUGCAUCGCUUCGUCCUGGAUCUGCGAUGGAGACAAUGAUUGCGGGGACAUGAGCGACGAGGACGAGAGACACAACUGUGCAAACCGCUCCUGCUCUCCUCAGGAGUUCACCUGUAUAAAUAACAGGCCUCCUCAGAGGAAGUGUAUCCCACGGGACUGGGUGUGUGACGGAGACGCAGACUGUUCGGACGCGUACGAUGAGCACCAGAACUGCACUCGCAGAUCCUGCUCCGCCAACGAGUUCACCUGCAACAACGGCCUCUGCAUCCGUAACUCCUACAGGUGUGACCGUCGUAAUGAUUGUGGAGACAGCAGUGAUGAGCAGGGCUGCACCUAUCAGCCGUGCCAACAGCAUCAGUUCACCUGUCAGAACGGCCGCUGCGUCUCACGCGAUUUCGUCUGUGACGGGGACAAUGACUGCGGGGAUGAAUCUGACGAGCUGGAUCACCUGUGCAGGACUCCAGCGCCCACCUGCCCUCCUGGAAACUUCCGGUGUGACAACGGAAACUGCAUACCACUCAGCGAGGUGUGUGACAGGAACGACGACUGCAACGACAACAGUGAUGAGAAAGGCUGUGGCAUCAAUGAGUGCACAGACCCGUCCAUGCACCACUGCGACCACAACUGCACCGACACGCCCACCAGCUUCAUCUGCACCUGUCGCCACGGUUACCGCCUCAUGUCCGACAACAAAACGUGCGACGAUGAGGACGAGUGCUCCGUCAGGCCCAGCGUGUGCAGCCAGGUGUGCGAGAACACCAUGGGCUCGUACGUGUGCAAGUGUGCUCCAGGCUUCCUCCGCGAACCCGACGGACGCAGCUGCAGGCAAAACAGCAACAUCACCCCCUACCUGAUCUUUAGCAACCGCUACUAUCUGCGCAAUCUGUCGACGGACGGCGAGGCCUACUCGCUCAUUCUGCAGGGCCUCACCAGCGUGGUGGCGCUGGACUUCGAUCGGGUGGACAAACGCUUAUACUGGAUCGACGUGAGCAGGAGGGUGUUGGAGCGGAUGUUCUUUAACGGGACGGGACGAGAGGUGGUGGUCAACGGGAUUUUGCAUGGCGAAGGCCUGGCGGUGGACUGGGUCGGGAGGAAGCUGUACUGGGUCGACAGCUUUCUCGACUGCAUGAAAGUGUCGGAGCUGGACGGCCGGUUUGUGAGGAAGUUAGCAGAACACUGUGUGGAUGCUAAUAACACAUACUGCUUCGAGAAUCCCAGAGCCAUCGCUCUGCAUCCAAAGCUUGGAUACGUGUACUGGACUGACUGGAGAGACAAAGCCUUCAUUGGACGUGUUGGGAUGGAUGGGAAUAACAAGUCGGCCAUCAUCACUACUAAGAUCGAGUGGCCCAACGGUCUGACUAUUGACUACACCAAUGACAAGCUGUACUGGUCUGAUGCUCACCUCAACUACAUCGAAUUCUCUGAUCUGGACGGGAAUCACAGGCACACUGUGUACGACGGCGUCCUGCCGCAUCCUUUCGCGAUCACGGUGUUCGAGGAAAGCGUGUACUGGACGGACUGGAACACGCGCACGGUGGAGAAGGGCAACAAAUACAACGGCUCUGGACGGGAAGUGCUCGUCAACACCACCCACCGACCGUUCGACAUCCACGUGUGCCAUCCCUACCGCCAGCCCAUAGUGACGAAUCCCUGCGCGGUCAAUAACGGCGGCUGUUCUCACCUUUGCCUCCUGCGAGCCGGAGGUCAGGGUCACACCUGCGAGUGUCCUGAUCACUUCCUUACUGUGCAGAUAGGGGGCGCUGCACGCUGUCUGCCCAUGUGCUCCAGCACGCAGUACAGAUGCGCAGACAACGAACGCUGUAUCCCUAUCUGGUGGAAGUGUGACGGUCAGCGAGACUGCAGAGACGGUUCGGAUGAACCCUCCACGUGUCCCCUCCGGCACUGCAGACUGGGCCAGUUCCAGUGUAAUGACGGAAACUGCAGCAGCCCACACUUCCUGUGCAACUCUAAUCAGGACUGUCCCGAUGGGUCGGAUGAAGACACGGUGCUGUGUGCAUCCGCAGCCCCUCGUCCGUGCACAGAGAGCGAGUACCGCUGUGACAACCUGCACUGCAUUCCUGACCGCUGGGUUUGUGACCAUGACAACGACUGCGAGGACAAUUCUGACGAGAGAGACUGCGAGCUGCGGACCUGUCACCCGGGUUACUUCCAGUGCGGUAGCGGCCACUGCAUCGCUGAGCGCUUCAAAUGUGACGGCAAUGCUGACUGUCUCGACUUCACUGAUGAAAGCUCCUGUCCCACACGCUACCCGAACAGCACCUACUGUCCACCCUUCCUGUUUGAGUGCAAGAACCACGUGUGUGUGCAGCAGCACUGGAUAUGUGACGGAGAUAAUGACUGCGGGGAUAAUUCAGAUGAAGAACUGCAUCUCUGCUUGGACAUCUCAUGUGAUCCUCCUUUCCGUUUCCGUUGUGAUAACACCCGCUGCAUCUACAGUCACGAGCUCUGCAACUCUAUAGAUGACUGCGGUGAUGGAACCGACGAGAGGCCGGAGCAUUGUGUGACUCCCACACAUGGGCCCUGCUCUGCAGACGAGUAUAAAUGUGGGAACGGUCAGUGCAUUCCUCUGCAGUACGCCUGCGACGACUAUGACGACUGUGAAGACCAGACCGAUGAACUCGGCUGCUACUAUGGCCAUGGGCGCACAUGCAGUGAGAAUCUGUGUGAGCAUAACUGCACGGAUUUGUCGACUGGGGGCUUUAUUUGCUCCUGUAGAACUGGAUAUAAACCCAACCCGGAGGACAAGAACACCUGCGAUGAUGUGAACGAGUGUGAGAUUUACGGGACAUGUCCACAGCUGUGCAGGAACACUAAGGGCAGUUAUGAGUGUUUCUGCGCUGAAGGGUUUCGAUCAGUGGGAGAGCAGCUGGGAGUCGAAUGCGCUGCUGAGGGAAAUCCUCCCGUCUUGUUAUUGCCUGAUAACGUGCGGAUCCGUCGAUUUAAUCUCUCAUCGGCGCAGUACUCAGAUUAUGUGGAUAAUGCAGAGCACAUUCAGGCACUGGACUACCUGUGGGACCCAGAAGGCCUCGGUCUAAGUAUAGUGUACUGGACAGUGUUGGGACGAGGCUCAGAGUUCGGUGCGAUUAAGAGGGCCUACAUGACCACGUUUGAUGACCAUGGAAAUAAUCCUGUAAAGGAGGUGGACCUGAACCUCAGAUACAUCUCCAGCCCUGACGGCAUCGCUGUGGACUGGAUUGGAGGCCAUAUUUACUGGACAGAUGCUGGCACUAAUAGAAUCGAAGUGGCAAAACUGGAUGGACGUUACAGAAAGUGGUUAAUUCACAGCGAUCUUGAUCAGCCAGCCGCUAUUGUGGUCAAUCCUAGUCUAGGUAAGAUGUUCUGGACCGACUGGGGCAGAAAGCCCAAGAUUGAGACGGCGUGGAUGGAUGGCCAGCACAGAGAGGUGCUGUUAGAUGAAGAUCUGGGCUGGCCUACUGGUUUAGCUUUGGACUACCUGAAUGAAAACCGCAUCUACUGGUGUGACUCAAAAGAAAACAUCAUUGAAUCGAUGAAAGUGGACGGAACAGACCGGCAAAUCAUCAUAUCAGGAGACAUCGGUCACCCCUACAGUCUGGAUGUGUUCGAGGGACACGUGUACUGGACGACUAAAGAGAAGGGAGAAGUGUGGAAAAAAGAUAAGUUCGGGAAAGGAGACAAGGUGAAGGUGUUGACCAUAAACCCCUGGCUGACUCAAGUACGCAUCUACCAGCAGCACCGACACAACCACUCGGUGCUCAACCCCUGUCAGAGUGUCUGCAGUCACUUGUGUUUGCUGCGGCCGGGUGGAUACACCUGUGCCUGUCCGCAGGGCUCCACGCUGCUCGCUUUCAACAAGAAUGAAUGUGAUGCCGCCAUUGAGGCAGAGGUGUCCAUGCCGCUUGCAUGCAGAUGCAUGAACGGAGGAACAUGCUACACUGAUGAGGGAGGCCUGCCGAAGUGCAAGUGUUCAUACGGAUACUCGGGUAGUUACUGUGAAAUGGGGAAGUCUAGAGGUGCUCCUGCAGGGACAGCUGUGACCGUCCUGUUAGCAGUGGUUAUUAUUCUGAUUACUGGAGCUCUGGUUGUGGGAGUUUUCCUCAACUACAAGCGCACCGGCUCUCUCAUCCCGUCAAUGCCUAAACUACCCAGUCUGAGCAGCCUGGUGAAGUCGGCAGACACAGGAAAUGGAGUGUCGUUUCAUUCAGGUGACAAUGUCACGAUGGACCUGGAGCCUCAGACUCUGGGAGUGUCGUUCAUCGACAGGGCCAUGCAGCUGGAUGAGAAUUUCGCAGACUCUGGUAGGCAGCCAAUCACAUUUGAGAAUCCUCUGUACUCGACUGCAGCCGGCUCAGCCAGCGAUCCAGCAGUAAUACACGCUACACAGGUCACUGUGAACAUCAGCGGUGACCAGGUGGAGAAUAACUUCUCAAACCCUACAUAUACCGCUCAUGAACAAGCAGUGGAGGUGAAGAGCGGAGCUGCAGAGCAAACGACCACACAGGAGUCCAAAUGGAGUUUCUUUAAAAGAAAACUGAAGCCAAGCACAACAUUUGAAAACCCUACAUAUUCAGAGAUGCAGGAUGAGCAGACGCAUGGAGCUGCAGACGCCAGCUCUUCAUCACAGCCGUCUCCUUUCGUUCCUCCUCCCAAACCCCAGAAGCGAGAGAAACUCGGCGCGUAUUCACCGACGGAGGACACCUUCAGAGACACGGCCAACCUGGUUAAAGAGGACAGUGAAAUAUGACCAUCACACACACACACACACACACACACAUGGGAAAAUACAAAGAAACAUCCCUUGCACAGAAUCUAUUUUUAUAUGCAGCCUGCAUACGACAGAAAUCAAUUUAAGAUUAUUUUUGAAACAAAAAAAAGUAUAGAUGAGAAUAGAUGAAAUGUUUGUAUAGUCUACAGGAAAGAGACUUUGCCUUCUGAUAUUUUGUAUGCCAAUUCACGUUGUAUGAUUCUUUUUUAUUAUUAUUGUAACGUCAUAUUUGUAUAUCUUUGCACUGAUGCUGCUGAAGGAGAAUGUUAUGAAUAUUUUGUACAUUUGUAAAUUGAAAAGAUUUUGUUUGAUGAUAUCCUCUGGUCAGAUGUUAUUUUGAAAUAGAUUAUUACUUAUUCCUGGAGAUUCGCACACACACACAUACAUAUGCCAGCGAUACUGAGAAAAGUGCUUUGAGAGCCCUCUGAGACUUUUGCCAUUUGAGCUGAUUCUUCUUAAAGGAACAGUCCACCCAAAAAUGAAAAUUCACCCUCAGGCCAAGAUGUAGAUGAGUUUGU